AAGCUUGAGCAGCUACAGCUCAGAUUAACCGUCAAGCAUGGAAGAAGCUGCUUCAAACACCAUCAAAAUCUCCCAACGCACUCUCAUCUUCCCUUCUCGCACUCCCUUCUCCCAAAACCACGCCCUCCCUCUCUCCCCCCUCGACAACGACCCCAACCUCCGCCUCACUUUCCGCUACCUCCGCCUCUACAUUUCCUCCCAACCCGACCCCUACUCCCUCAUCUCCUCCUCCCUCUCCCAAGCUCUUCUUCACUACUACCCACUCGCCGGCACGCUUCGCUACCGUCUACAUGACAACCGCCUCGAGAACUGGUGCGCUGCCGGUCAGGGAGUUCCCCUCAUUCGCGCCACCGCCGCAGACAUCUCCCUCGAAUCGGUAAACUACCUCGACGACCCGGAUUUCAGCUUCGUUGAGCAGUUAGUACCCGACCCGGGACCCGAUGAGGGGAUGGAGCACCCCUGCAUGCUCCAAAUAACGGUGUUUGGGUGCGGUGGGUUCACGCUGGGUGCUGCCAUGCACCACGCGCUUAACGACGGUAUGGGCGGGAGCUUGUUCUUCAGUGCGGUGGCCGAGUUGGCUCGCGGGUCGAGUCGGAUAUCGGUUGAACCGGUUUGGAACCGUGAGGUAUUGUUGGGAGCGAGGAACCCGCCCCGGGUGGAGUCAGCGUUGGUAGGAGAGUUUCUGAGUUUGGAGAAGGGGGUUUUGCCGUACCAAGCGGACGCCGGUGAUGUUGUGAGGGAGUGCUUCCACGUUCAGGAGGAGUCCUUGGAAGCGUUCAGGAGAUCAUUGUUUGAACAAUCCGGUCUCAAAUUCACCACUUUUGAGGUUCUUGCUGCUUACGUUUGGAGGUCCAAGGUUAGGGCGUCGGAAAUGAAGGACAAUGAGAAGGUUAAGUUGGCAUACUCGGUUAACAUACGAAGAGUGGUAAAGCCAGCACUGCCAGAUGGGUAUUGGGGAAACGGUUGCGUUCCAAUGUAUGUUGAGGUGAGUGUGAAGGAUUUAAUAGAGAGGCCCAUUUGGGAAACAGCGGAGCUAAUCAAGAAGAGCAAGAGCAACGUGAGUGAUGAGUAUGUUCGGUCAUUCAUCGAUUUUCAGGCAGUGCAUUAUGGGGAUGGGAUCACGGCAGGGAACAGGGUUACUGGGUUCACCGAUUGGAGACAUUUGGGCCACUCGUCUGUGGACUUUGGAUCCGGAGGCCCAGUUACUGUUUUGCCACUUGGCAGGAACCUCCUUGGAAGUGUUCACCCUUGCUUUUUCUUGCCUUAUUCAACUGCCACUAAGAAGGAGGGUUUCAAGGUUUUGGUCACUCUGCCUCAACCUGCUUUGCCUGCUUUUCGAGAGGAUAUGCACGUUUUUUCCCCCUAGCCAAUAUUGGUUUCAGUUCUGGACACAUGAAAUCUGUUAUAAAUGUAAUAAUGUAAUGUAAUUGCAUAUAAACAAUAAGAACCAAAAUACAAUAAAUCUGAGCAAAAAACA